AAAAGAUGCUGAAAAGAUGACCUUUGACGAAUUUAUUGAUAGGGAAGCAGAUACAGCGGAUUUAAAUAAAAUGUUUAAAGAUUUUGAGAAAUCUUGGAAUAAUGUUAUCGAUAAAGUUGAUAGAUACCAAUGUCAUGAAUUGAAUGAAAAACCAGGAAUGAGUCGUAAUAUGCCUAUUAUUAUGGGACUAAUAGAAGAAAGAGAUUCUAGUAUUUACCUCUGUGCUGUUUUAGAAUAUUUGAUUGGAUUACAAAACAAUUUCUUGCGAGAUGUUAUGACUAUUCCCCCUGGCUCUUGUAAAGCGCUUAGGUUUUUAGAACAAACGUCAUUUGACACAGAAGAGGGAACUUCUGCUCCAACUUCAACUAAUCAAUAUUCCAUUCGCUCAUUAAUACUUAAUCAAGCUCAUUUUGAUAAUAUUAUUAAAUAUGAUCAAGAAGAAUUUAGUGGAAUUCUUAGGUUCAGCCAAAGAAAUUUAGGAGUUGGACGUGGUCUUGACGUUAUUUAUGAUCUACAAAAAAUAGAAGUUGAACUUGCACGGCAACUUGUAUUUGAAAAGGUUUAUAUAGAUACAGUAGGCGAAACUUCAUUAUACAUGCAACCUUUUUCAUAUCAUAUGGAACUAAUUCAAGUAUCUACUCGUAUUCUUGGAGAUAUACAAAAUCUAAUUGCACAAGAACCUAUUCCAACUGAACUAGCAGAAUUAUUGACAGGAUCUCCAGCAAACAUGUUAUCUUUCCAACCAAACAGUAUGGAUACAUCAUUUGAUAAUCCGUCAGAAAUUCUUUCAUCCUUGGAAAUUCUGCUUUGCUUUAUUAAAAGGACACCCGGCGGCAAUGGUGAAAGUUUUAUAAAAGAAUAUGUAAAUCAAUGGGCAACACUUUCUGGACUUAACGAAAACCAUGAAUUUCGCAGUUUGCUAAAUAAACCUCUGAGACUUAAGCACUUAAUUUCCUUAUAUGAAUUAAUAGAGGGACAAGUAGCGAAUUUAACAAUUGAAUAUACUCAUGACAAAUACAAAGAAGAGCUUACGCCUAAACAACGAGGCGAGAUAGACAAUGUUAUAGAGUUUGAAAUCAAACAACCUGCAACAAUUGUUGAUGGAAAAAUAAUGAAAUUCUCUGCUGAAGCUUUUGCUACAGCUCUAAGAAGAUUUAUUUAUAGAUUUUUACAAGGCGAAAAACAAAAAGAGACUGACCCUCUUAAUAUUUAUGUUUGCGAACCAUCACUACACUUUUGGCCACCCAUAAUUUCUGAAACAGAAAACCUUGAUGAAUUAUUUCCAGAAAGUUUGUUAGUUAAUCAAGCAUUUGAAGCCUAUAAAUAUGUUACUGAUCAGAUUGAGUAUCAUAAGCAAAUGGCAUCCUUACGAGAACAACAAAUACAAAACAAACUAAACAAUCCAGAGGCUACAAGGUUGCCCCCAACUAUUCCGGAUUCUUCUCGACAGGGACAAAGGAGAAGGCCGAGGAGAUAUAACGAUGUACUUUAA